AUGGAGCAAGACACAGCUGCAGCAAGUAAUCGCCGGGUACUGCCCUCGCGCUCCACCCGAGGUCAGCGUCUUCACCAACUAAUAGGCGAAGAACUCGAAGCAGAUGACCUGUUCUGGAAGCAAGCGGCGUCUAUUGAUAGCUCAACGGAGGAGGACGAUGAUUUCGCGGUGUCAGAGGCCUCGGAACUGUCUUCCGCGGAUGACGCGAUCAGCUCAACAGAGGAGGCUGCAGAAGUGAACCCACUACCUACAGACUCGAAUACUAAGGGUACGACAGAAGAAAUCGAUGAGGAACAAGAAGCCAUCUUGAAGGAGCGGGAACGCCUUGAACGACUCAAGGUACGCAAGAAGCGCUAUCGCUUUGGGAAGUACGAGGACCCCGCUUUGAAGGAGCGGGAAAGUUCGAAGCGUCCUCGCAGUAGCCGCAGUCGUUCAACUACGCAAUCGGAUUUGGAUGCCCUGUACAGCUCUCCAAAAGCUACACCCGAUAGCUCUGAAUGGUCUGUGUCCCGUGAGAGCCUCCGCCGAACCACCAAGGCGGCAUCCGAAGAGACAGCGCGCUUGCUUGAGGAACGCGCUGCUACGAAGGCACAGCGUCAGCAGGAACGUCAGCGCCGCCGUGCUGAGCAGACGCCGCACUCUGGAGCGUUGAGUCAAGAGGAACGCCUCGCAGAGGCGCUGCAAGUCACCGAACCAGCAAAUCGACUUGAGCUUGAGCAUCUGUUGGCACUGGCGGACGAGAAAGACUCAGCACUCAAGAGGCAAGCCAGGGCUCAACGUCAGCAUCCGGCGUUGAAGACGAGCGUCAUGCGCUGGUUCCGCGGCUAUCGGCCUCAAAGCACAGGUGGGUAUUGUGGAGGCUCCGCACCCGACAAGGCGUCUUCGGCCGACACGGUUUACGUAGAAUGGGUCGCAUUUCGUCAGGAGGAAGAUAUGCCGAUGUUUUUGCGGAAAUCUCAGCACGCACCACAGCAAAUGUCAAUGCCGAGCUCGUCCACAACUGAGCGUUGA